GCCUCACUUCUCAUAAGCUCGCAGGAGUGUGAAGAUGGCGGUCGGUCCUGGCCCGCUGGAAGACCCUUUAGUACAAACAGAGGUGAAUAAAGCGGUAGUUUACCACCUUGUGCAGUCUGUAGAGUCACACCUAUCGUUCCUGUGUCAAAACAACCACUUGAGUGGGCACGAGACAGCCGGUAUUUAUAUGGCUUUAGUUCCGGGACAAGGGGGUAGCGCGAGCUAAUGUCCAGCUGGGACUUGGUCAAGACGGUUGCCGAAGCAGGUACGCUGUUAACUACUAAUAUUGUUUUCCUCUUUGUCUCUACGAGUAAACAUGAAAAGCAGGCACCGCUGCUGACAGUGAACAACUGUUAAUGUGGAAGAGUCUCGUCCCAACACAUUCAAGAUUGUUUGUGGUGCUUCUAAACAAGUUAUAGUGCGGGGGGUCUCAUCAUAACUAGGUCCCUAUGCUUCAACUAUGGAUGCAUCGACGGCCAGCACGGACCACAACACCGGACGCGACGUCGGCAAAACACUUGUUAGCGGCGGUGCAACUUCCCUCCCAAAUGCCCAUGGAAAAGUAGGCUCAUACUCUGUUCAGACUCUCAAUGGGAGCCAAACUAUGAACUCACACAAUUCAGGAAGCGCUGCACCUCUCAGGGGGUCGACAGUGACGAGUGACACUGGUAGUAGCAGCAGUAAUGUUACUGCGAUAUCUGUCACAGCUGUCAGCAGUGGACCGGUGAUGUCUAAAGGGCUGACUGGUCCGUUAAUGCCCCCCUCAUCUAACAGUGUUAUUCAGACACCCCUGCUGAACACACAGAGUGUUGUCGCUUCACCUCAGUCUGUAAGCCAGGCAACAGGAGCCACUGUGGCACUCGUCAGGCCGCCUAUGCAAACCGCGGGGUCGGGGACUGUGAAUGGAAACAAUAAUGCGAGCCCCGCUGUGGUUGCCAAUGCAACAGGUCAAAUAGGUAUCAACAUUCAAACCCCGCUUGUACACAAUAGCCAGUCGCCAAACUCGGUGUCUGUCAGCGCAGGCUCGCACAUUAUCAAGGCAGAACCCCCUACAAGUAUGAUACAGUCAGCGCCGCCGUCUGCUGUCACUCCUGGAGCCGUCAGCGCUCACCGGGCUCCUGUUACGGUUGCUGGUGCUCCAGGCGGGAUCCGAACUCUAACGCCUCAGAUGUUGGCCCCGAGGCUCCCCCAAACCUCGCCGGGACAGCCCAGUAUAGGCCUUCACAACAUCCAGCUUCCCCCGGGUGAGUGAAAUCACAACUUUUCACAUGGUGCGCACAUCCAGUGAUGUUUUCCCUCUUGACCACCUGGUUAAUUUCCCCUUUGCUUCUGAUCAAUGACUUUGAAUAACAAUUUAAGGGAUUUCUAUGAUGUAUAACAUUUUCAAGAAAGACAUCUGUGUCCUGUUGGACUUACUGUGAGACAUGUAGCUUGUUCUUAACUCCAUCAUAAACAUUAUGACAGAUAUUUUGUGAGAUUAAAGAUAUAAGUGGAUCAUGCUCACUCUGCACAGUGGCUUAGAUGUCAACCUUAGAUGUUUAUUAAAAGAGCACCCCUUGUAACUUCCACUAACCAUUUUAUGUGCUCAUACAAACAUUUUCUCACUUUAUCCAGGAAUGAUGCUUGUGCGCAGUGAGAGUGGGCAGCUGCUGAUGAUUCCUCAGCAGGCUCUUGCUCAGAUGCAGGCACAGGCACAGGCACAGGGAGCCAUGGCACCUCGGACUGCUACACCAACAAAUGCUCCAGCUGGCCAGGUUUGAACACACACUUUCUGCUCCAUUAAGAGUUUUAUAUUUUGUUUACUAUCUUUCAUUUCAGUGACAUGGCCAAUUUGAGCCUCCCUUUAGUGUACAGGUUAGGAGACCUGUUGAUAUAAUAUUAGACACGUUACAGCUCAUGUGUAGACAGAAUGAAAUGAGAGUGUCAGUAUGUUAUUAUUGUGUCAAUAAACUCUAUGAUAAUCAUAAAAGAUAUACAAUUUUUAGUCUUUUGAAUAUGAUUCAGUUUAUUUUCUUCUUUGGGUUACAUCAUAUCAUGCUUUGUUCCUUCUCACAGACCCCGGGAAACACCAUUCUUAGCAGGCAAGUGGCUCCCAGCACCAUCAUUCGUCAGGGCUGUCCAACUCCAACAUCACUCGCUGCAACCACCACUCUUCACAGACCUCCUGUCCUUCAGGUAACCCCCUCUGUUCAUAACAGUUCAUUUAGGAUUAUCUUGAUUUGGCUUAUUGCACCUGCACAAGCUGCAGAUUAUGAUUUAAAGUGUGUUACUGAAUACUUUGAAUAAGAUUGUCAUAAUCUGAUCAUUUCCCAGCUACUCAGCUGGCCAGGUUCCUCACUGAAAAAGUGCCAUCUCUUUCUGUCGGUAGAUUAUGUGACAAGUCAUAAAAAGAAUAUUAUUGUGAACAGGCAUGUAGGUCCUAGGUGACAUUGGACUUUGGGUAAAAUGUGUCUUAUCUUGUAGUUUCUGAAAGGAUGAGAAAACAUUUAGGUUUAUUUUUAAGAAAAGAAAACAGAACAUAUUUGCAUAAGAUUUAAUAUUUUUGGAGAUUUCUCUACAGUUAAGGCAUUUUAGGUUUGAGGGAAUAAACUGAAGUCAUUGUCAGCUUUCUGGUUCAAACCAGAAAAAAGCAGAUUAACUUUAAUAUCUGCAUGUCAGUUUCUUGCUAAAUUUUAGCCGAUUGAAAGACAGACCAGACUCCUUUUAAAAAUGAGAAAAAACAAAUUUGAAACAAAUGAAUUUUCUUCAAAGUGUCAGUCCUUCUAAGUGCACUGAAAGAAAUAAAAAACAUAACUGGAUUUAGUUGUAUUCAUUUUAUUGCUAUACCAGAAAAGGGUUGGCCCUGUCUUUGUAUUGAACCUUUAUCUAGCAACAAUUUUAGAGCUGAAUUUUGCAGGUAGUGACCAGACAGAGGAAAUGUGGCUCAUCCAGAACUCCUCCUCUAAUUAAUAGAUAAAGUACAAAAAAAUUCCUGUUGAUUUGAUGGACACAUCUAAUAAUGCUUACAGUUUCAAGAGCUGCACCACGAGAGCAGUAGAUUCAUUUAAGUUCUAUUGUUAGGAUGAAGCUAGAUCUAAAUUUUAGCACUGAUGAAGUUUCCUGCAGUGAAAAUGAACAUUUUGCAAAGGAUUUGAAUACAUUUCAAAACCGUUCUCAAGCCUACUUUGUCCUGUGAUGACUAGAAAAAUGAGGUUGAAACGUUAAACCAUAAUAAAACAUUUUUGUGAUGCUUGUUCUCAGAGCACAGUUGGGGCUGCAGUACCAGGAAUGACGCCCAGGACUGUCAGCCAAACAGCUGGGACCACAGUUACCUCAGUAACAGUGAGCAAAGUGAGUUGUGCUAAGUCCAGUAGUUACGUGGAACUUAUUCAUGUUAUACUGUAACAUUGUACAGCUGAACAUACUGUGUACAAACUUAAGUUGAUGUGAAUGUGAAUAAAAACUCUAUUCACAUUAUUUACAAAUGAUACUCAAUUACCUAAAUCCUCUUUUGGAAGGAGACAAUGGAGAAUGUGAAGAAAUGUAAGAGCUUCCUAUCUACAUUGAUCAAGCUGGCAUCUACAGGGAAGCAUUCAACAGAGACUGCAGCCAGCGUGAGAGAGCUGGUUAAAGACCUGCUGGUGAGUGAACACGACAUACAAGAAACCUGCCAGCUGCUGUAUUAUGUAUGUUGUUACUACAUGUUUCAUAAAAGUACAGGUAAAAUAAAAACAAACAAAAAAAACUCUCUUUAAAGCUCCUGGAAGGAACUUUUGGUUUGUGUCAACUGUGAUGCCAAAGCAGUCCUUGCUUAUCUUGCCCUCUACCUGCAAAAAAAAACAAAACAUCCUGCUGACUUUUGACAGUUAGAGAUAACAGUUAUUGGUAUUUUAUGUGUAAAUUUUGAAAAAACAGCCUGUUUCUUUUGCCUCUUGGCUGACACCUAUCCUCUCUCACUGUUUUCAGACACUGAAAACCAGGAUAUACAAACUCUCUUGUUGCUCAAAGUCUUGUUUGCUUUUGCACAUCAUGAAAUGGCUUUCAUGUGAAUUUCAGUCUAUUUCAGCUUUAAAAUGUGCAUUCUUUACUGAGAAGAAGAAAGUUCUCAGUCUCAGCGCUUUUUGCCUGUAUGGUGUUUACCAGGAGGGGAAUCUGGAGGCCGAAGAAUUCACCAGCAGACUAUAUAAAGAGCUAAACUCCUCCCCCCAACCUUAUCUUGUGCCUUUCCUCAAGGUAAGUCAGCUAAGCUGGUGUCAUUUUUAUUGAUAUACUUUUUGGCCAGGAUCUGUGAAAUCAUAUAUUUUUUAUUAUAAAUGUUAUGAAUGGGAUUGAUAUUUUCUUAGCCUACAGCAAGCAGAACAUCAUCUCCAAGUUCAUUUCAGUAAGAGUUGUCUUCCUGUCCGUCUUGUAGAGAAGCCUCCCAGCAUUGAGGCAGCUCACCCCGGACUCAGCAGCCUUCAUCCAGCAGAGUCAGCUCCCCCAGGCGGCCUCAGCACCUGUCUCCUCCACCUCACCCACCCCUACUACGGUGGUUCUGGGCAGCCCAGCCCCCCGACUUGCUGCCCCAGUCAUCAGGCCCCAGCUCCAGCCAGUGGUCAGCAAACCGGGACAGACUCCCUCACUGGUAAACUCUCAUUCACUUCUCAGAUCCAUGACUCAGAUCUGUAACUUGCGAGAUGCCAAACGUAAUCCAUUGCAACCAUCUCCUCUUCCUGAAACUGCACGCUAAAACAAAAAAUAUAUAAAUAAUUUCUGGCAAUAUUCAUACAGUCUGCAUCUUGAACUGCAGGUUCUCCAGCCUCAGCAACAGAGACCCAUGCUGAGACCUCAGGUAACCUUACCAACAACCCCCAUGGUGACUCUCAGGAAUCAGGCCCCUGGACGCAUCAUAGUGGGACAGCAACAAGUUCAGCUUAAAGAGCUUCAACCAGGUGUGGAUGCCCUUCUAACACCCCCAUCAGUGGGUAAGCAUGUGUUUGUCAAUGAGUGAUCUCUCAUAUUCAUUCUGAUUCUGUGUCUCUGCCAGUUCCUGUGAGACCAGAGGGGCUUCCUGUUGGUAAACAAGUCUGUGCUGCAGGGCUGACCCCGGCCCAAAAGAACAAGUUGAAAGAAGCUGGAGGCUCUUUCAAGUAAGGUUAUUCACAUAUGACUUCAUGAUGGCCUCACUUGUAGGUGGAAUAUCAACUUCUUUUACCUGUGUGGCUUUACAGGAUUAAACAGAAGAUCUGUUUGCUUUCGUUGCCAACACACUUUCAUCAUUUAGAGAACAAGUUAUCUUUUUUAGAUGUCAGCUUGUAGCAACGAGUCCACUGGCACUCAUGUGAGACAUACAGCAUGUCCAGAUUCAUGACCAUCUAAGAGUUGGGUUUGCUUACCCGCGUUAAUGUUUACAGAGAUGAUGAUGACAUCAACGACGUGGCCUCCAUGGCUGGAGUGAACUUGUCAGAAGAAAGCGCCAAUAUACUAGCAACCAACUCUGGAUUAGUGGGAGCUGUGACACACUCUUGUAAGGAUGAGGCUUUUCUCUCCUGUGCUAUUCUUCAGAGGAGAGUUCUGGAGAUCGGUAAGACACUUACAACAUUAUCGAAUUCAUGGCGUCUAUUCACACACCCUCAAAAGCCUCAAAAGUGACUCACUGCUCUCCUCCAGGCAGACGAUAUGGUGUUUCGGACCUUGGUGCAGAGGUUGUAAACUUAAUCUCUCAUGCUACUCAGCAGCGGCUACAGAACCUGUUGGAGAAGGUUUCCCAAGUUGCCCAGCAGAAAAACAUCAGUUUUAAGGUUGAUCUUCAACUGACUUAAAGAUUGGAUAAACAAAUCAUUUUGUCUGCAUGGUUGCUGAUUUUAAUAUUGACUGCUCGUCUUUAAGUAAAUGCUUUUGGUGCUGUGAUUUAGAGGGCUUUACUGUAUCCAUAAACUUUGGAUUAUUAGGCGUUUUCAUAUUAUUAUCACUACAACUUCUACUGCUAACAAUAAUUAUAAGGACUAUUACUAUUAUGAAAAAUCUCAAUGUGUUAUUUCUUGUCAUUUAAGCCACUUUUCUCUGGUUAUCUUUUCUUCUUAACAUCAAUAUCACAUGACUCUCUCAGCAGGAGGAUGACAAUUACGAGCAGAGCAGUGAUGUUCGUGCUCAGCUGAAGUUCUUCGAGCAGCUGGACCAGUUAGAGAAACAACGGAAGGAAGAGCAGGAGCGAGAGAUCCUGUUAAAGGCAGCUAAGGUACGUUUUGCAUCGACACUUGUUUUGCGCCAAGUCGUAGUUGUAGUUAAAGGGGAUGUCUUGGCUUUGUAUGAAAAGUGAAGAGAAACUGUGGACUCUGAUACUGGAUUUCGAAAAGAGGCCAGAUCAUAAGCACAACAUAGAUCAAGAAAGUGCCACUUUAAUUUUAACAACAACUAAUGUGAUUGAAUAGCAGGAAGGGCUUUCUAAUAAAACAUGCUUUAAGACUAUGUUGAUUUAUGAGAGAGCACUGCUUCAGCUGAUUUUAGGACAGAUAGUUCAAGAGUCUUAAAGCCCUCAUAGCAAACGCCCGGUCCCCUUUGGCCGUCCACCUGGUAUUUGCAGCAGACAGAAUGCAGCUGUUGGCUCUUGAAGUACUAAGAUGUACUGACAAGUGUAGUGAGGAGAAAGGGAAUUGAGAGCCCAAUAAAUACUUCAAGUAAAACAAAAGAUUAUCAUUUCAUACGUUCAUCAGAGGAUCCAUGUCUGACUCUGCAGGCUUUUUGCUUUGUCUGUGUCACUGUCCCUCUUCAGCUCAAACUUUCUCAAACAGUUGACAUUUUUUUUGAUGUAGGAAGACGUCUUUUGUUUUUUGUUUUUUUCAACCAAAAUAAUAGAAAAAAAACUUAAUUAUUCAUUCAUUUAGGACCAUUCAGGGGGGCUUUAGGUUUAUUGGCUAAUACAAGGAGUCGAGUUAAAUCUGAUUUUCAAACUUUGAGAUUUUUCGUGAUAUUUUAGAUUCAUACUAAAAUCAACUUGCUUUACUUUAAAACACCUGUGAGUUUUCCAGGAGCUCUUUCUCUACAAGAACAAUGCUUUAGGGUUUCUUCUGCCAACAUCAGUAAUUAAUGUGUCUUGUUUUUGGCCUCACAGUCUCGAGCUCGGCAAGAGGACCCAGAGCAGCUGCGUCUGAAACAGAAGGCUAAAGAGGUAUGUUGAGAGGAGGAGCACAGUCACCACUCUCUGUUUCUGUGUGUCUAUUCACGCACUGUGUGCUUUACGUUGGAAUGUGUGCAUUGUCCAGAUGCAGCAGCAGGAGCUGGCUCAGAUGAGACAGAGGGAGGCCAACCUAACGGCUCUGGCAGCCAUUGGCCCCAGAAAGAAGAGGAAAAUUCUGGACUCUCCAUCCUCGUCUGCUGCCUCCGAGGUAACCAAUUUGGUAUUUCAUAAUAAAUAGCUUACAGGUAAAACUCCCAGCAUAAUUUUAGAGUAAUUAUGUUCUAUAUUGACUUUGCAGAGGACUCCUCACAUACCUUUUUAAGCACAAGUUGGACUGAGACAGAAUGACUGACACUCGUGAAAGACGGCAAAGUUAUAAAGUAAAAAUGUCAGUGACACAAUAGUGCUGUCAGGUUGCAGUCAAAAACCUUUCCCAGCUAUUGUAGAGUUGUGGAUUUUUCAGACUAAGUGGAUGUGGUGAUGAGCUGACACUUACCAUACACUGAAGUAAGGCUGAGCGAUUUUUGAAAAUAAUCUAAUUGCGAUUUUUUCCCUCAAUAUUGCGAUUGCGAUUUCAUAUGCGAUUAUUUUUUCAAGGUCCCCUUCUGAUGUAUUUUUCAACAAACAAACAAUAAAACAAUCUGUAUUAUAGAAAACAAUAUCAGAUUAAUUACACAUAAAUUGUUCUUUCUGGCAAUUAUCAUUUCUCACAAACACACACACACACACACACACACACACACACACACACACACACACACACACACACACACACACACACACACACACACACACACAGGCUCUCUCUGCUCACACAUUAUCACGCUCACACAUGCACCUGCUGUCAUAUGCAUCAUGAAUCUUUUACCGAUGUAAUCGGUGCUCAGAACACUGGAGUCUGGUCUAUUGACUCAUCACAGUAUUGGAUGUGUUUUCCGUCAUUAUGCAGACGUGAUUUGAAGUCGAAGCAUUGGUGUUUCAGCCAUUCAUCUGUCCUAUAUGGCUUUAUUGUGUUUUUUUUAAAGUGUUGAUAAAGGUUUGUAGGUUUACCUCCUGAUGUAGCAACAGUAGCACAACAGGUUCUGCACAUGUUGUGCAUCUUUUUUUUCCCAAAUAAACCCACACAACUGCCGUGCAGCCCCUCUCUCGUUCUAAAGUUUCUGCAGUGUUAGCUUCUGUAGCAGAAUUAGGCCACAGUACGACAAAGUGCAGUGUUAACUUCUCUCUCUACCUGCUCUGCUUCGUUCCACUCGCUUGCAAGUCAUGUGACCGGAUCACGUGACCAGUCAAAAUCGCAGCCUUUGCGGUUAGAAAAUUGCCUUUUUAUCGUAUCACGUUGUAAUCGCAAAUGCAAUUAGUCGUUCAGCCUUACACUGAAGUGACAGAAACUGGCUGUUACUCAUCACUACUGUUCACACACAUGCAGAGAACACAUAAUAAAGCAGGGUAUUUUUUUCCACUUCUACACAGUUCCAGCUGACUAUUAUAAUAAUUGAUUACAUGAAAAAACUAUCAUAAUAAAUAAAGCUGCUGGUCAAGCUUAGGCUCCACCUGCUACAUCAGUUAUGUUUUGAGUGUCUUGACCUCAUCUUUGAUCACAGUCUCGUCUCUUCUAGUUUUUUGAUCCUUAAAGUAAUGAUGAGCUUUGCCUCGUUCCCUUAGCGAACAGUAUUUUCUUCAUACGUGAGUUCUCCUCUGUGAAGUCAGAGCUUUUUGUUUCUUCCUGACUUCAGGCUGUAACUGCAUAACACUUUUCAUAUAACACAAAUGUAAGAGAAAGUGCUUUACAAAUACAAACUAUCAACCAAAACAGUCAAAACUCUAAUUUAUGUGCAAGUUUUCAAGGCAAGCAAACAAAGGAAAAAUUCGAUGACAGAGGAGUAAGCUGAGGACUUGAUAAACAGGAACUGAGGAAACACUUGUAUGAGUUCUUGAUGAGGAAACCCUAGAGGCAAUAUUUAAAUGUUCAAACACGAGAAAUAAGAGAAUGAAAUAUAAUGAAAGCAAUAAAUAAGAUAACGAAACAUUAAAACAGUAGCCAUAAAAACACACUUUAGUAAUGAAUAAAACACUUGGAAAUACAACUCUUAAAGAUCAUAUAUAAAAAAAGUAAAAAGACUUUAUGAAACACCGAAGAAUAAUAAAAUGAUAUAAGAAGAAUACAUGGUUUAUACCACAAAGUUUCUUAAAAUGUAGUUAAAUUGAAGUCAAAGGAAGACUCAAAGGUAGGUCCUGAGUUUGCUUUUAUAAAUAUAGAUAUCCUGAGCCACCUUCAGGUCUUAAGGUAGCCUGUUCCACAGACAUGGACCAUUGUGGUAAAAAGCUGCUUUUGUGUGAGUUUUUGUUCUUGCUUUUCACACAACUAAAAGACCACUCUUGGGCUCCCACAGGCUCAUAAGAAAAAAGCUGAUCAAUAGAUUGAAGUAAGACCAUUCAGCGCUUUAUAAUCCAAUAAACGAACUUCAAAUCAAACAGAGAAGUUCAAAAAUGGAUGUGAUGCGGGCCCUCUCUCUGUUCUUUGUUGGCGUUCUUGUAGCUGCGUUUGAAGCAGAUGAAAACGGGAAAUAUUCUUUUGUGGGCAAAGACCAUCACAGUAGUCAAUUCUGAAUGGGAGAAAAGCAUGAAUGCAUGGCCUUCAGAUAAAAACUGUUGCUCUUUGGAAAAAAAUGUCCAGGUGACAAAAUGUCAACUGAAAAUAAAAAAACAAAAACACACAAGUGGGAUCAAGCAUCACAUAAAGAUUCUUCACCUGUUGACAUGGAUUAAAGGCCAGUGCUGGGAGUUUUGCAGCAGUUCCCCUCUCUUUUUAAACUCAAGUACCAGUAACAAAAAACGGAGCUUUGUCCUGUUGAACUGUAAAAAGUACUCUUCCAUCCACCAUGUGUUAUCUAAAAUACACUGAAAAAUUGAUCAAUUAGCCCUUGGUCAUCAGAAGAAUGAGGGCUUUUGUUUUCUCUUGUUAUCCAAUUGAUAACCUAAAAGAUCUAAAAGUGUAAGACCCAUAACCUCCAACCGAGGGGAACCCUACUAUUUACAUUAUAGAGCCUUAAUGAACAUUUACCUUUUAGUAGAAUUCUCUGUCAAACCAUUCAAAAAGACUUCCAGCUGCCUGUAAGGCUGUCGAAAACAUGUAGGCUGAACUCAGAACAAAAGAACUGAAGUCAUCUUUUAUCUUUUAUCCAUGUUUGACCUGAAGUCCCUAACUGUUACGACUAGUGUAGUCUCUGCGCUGUGAUUUGUCCAAAAGCCAGAUUUGUAUAUUUUUACAGAACGUUUCUUUCACCCCCUGCUGAUUCUUUGUGCUGUUUUGAUUCACUGGUUAGAAUCUUGAAAAGCAGUACCUGUUCUUUGAAGUGAGUGUCAAACAAUUGGCUGCAGUAAACGGCGCACUGUUCUUUAACUGCUGCUGGCAGAAAUUGGCAUAUUGGGGAAGUUUUAUCUAUUUUUGUAUUUACUCAGUUUGACAAAGGUUGAAGUGAUUCAGCACCACUGUUGUUUGUUCACUAACAGGAGUACUGCUCUGGAGCUGUCGUUCUAGAUAAAGAUUCAUUUUAAUUUGUUUUGCCAAAGCAAAGAUUUGAAUGAGUAAAAAACUACAACAAAAUAGAAAAACUAAACAUGGACAGAACACUCGACCUAAAUGCUGUUUUUCUUCAGAGCUGUUCUAAUUAUUACUCUUUAUGCCCAGUUGUGGUCAAUACUGCAGGAUUCUACAUGAAUCUGCAUCAGUGGAUUCACUGGCUCAACAGGAGACUUUUACAGAGUUUAUGGUGAAGAACUCUAUGUCUCAAAAAAGAAAAAUAAUGACAACUAGAUUAUGUUAUAGACAAUUUAACUCUAAUGUCUGAAAUAUACUACUUCAACGCAAAAGUCUGUGUGACUUUUUAAAAUGCUACUGUCAAGUAAGAGUUUUGUUCUGUAUCAUUCACCACCUUCUUAAACAGUAAAGUGAGGGAGCAGCAGUUUUAAUAGACAAUCAUUUUGUUAUCUCCACAGCUGUACGGGGGUAUAUCCAGGCGUGAGGUAUAUCCUGUCAUUUACAGGACAGGGCGAGGCUAAACCAUGAAAGAUUACAGGUCUUUAACCCCAUAGUGUCUGACCCAAGAACUAAUGGACAGAAAAUGAGCAUUUUUUUAAUCGGAACUCCUUUAAUAAAAUGUAAAAAAAUAAAAUAAAAAAUGCACAUUAUUCUCUUGCUUGUGUCACAUUUGAGACAUCAGGUAUUAUACACGAUUGUAUUUAUGUAUUGUAUUCACCAGGGGGCAGAAGACAAGUAUCAGAUUGUAUACAACAGUGUUUUGAGCAAAGGUUCACCUUAUAGUAAUGCAAUAGGUCUCAGAAAUGUAUGUAUCCAAUAUAAUACCCACACACACAUUAGAGGUGAAUGCGCAGAAAAAACAGACAAAAUUCUGUUUCUACCUGCUCACAACUGAGAGUGUCUGUCUCACCUCGUGGUCCCGUUUUAAGCAUUUAUUCAUUCAUUUUUGCUGGUUGCUACACCGUUUAACACCCUUGUUUGUCAAUUACUGUUGUUAUCUGUUUUGGACUCGUGAGCAAAAUGUAGAGCAUGCAGAAGACACUCUGCACAAAAAGGGUAAUUCUUUUCAGUGGUCCUCUAGUGAAGUAUUUUGCUAACAGGUGCUCUACAGCAGUUUUUGGGGUUUAUGGUUUCAGAUGAAUAAGAACACACAAGACUUACAACAUAAUAUGUGAUGUUUGAAUUGCAGCUUUUUUAAGCAUUUCAUCCAACAGAUCCCCUCUCUGUCCUUCUCGUGUUGCUCCAUUGCAACAGUUUAAGGGCACAUUUAACUUAUUCUCACUUCAUCUCCCCUUGCCGCAGGGAUCGGGAUCUGGUCCCUCUCUGUCUGGCGGGGCUGGUUCUUCAGGCUCCAGACCCACACGGCAGCGCAUCACACGUGUCAAUCUCAGGGACCUGCUCUUCUGUUUGGAGAACGAGAGAUUCACCAGUCACUCCCAUUUCCUCUACAAGGGCUUCCUCAAAUAGGCUUGAUGUCAGAGAGGAAAAGGAGGAGAGGGGGGAAAUGAAGUGUGUGGAGAGACCAGCCGCGCCUGCCACAUAGACAGCUUUAGAGACUCUUAUCAAUGAAGAGGAGUAGAGCAGCAACUUGGCACAUUUCAAGGUCUUUCAGUUACGCAUGAUAACCUGAAAUACUGUAGUAGCCAUACAGGAUGGCGCCUCUACCUCUCUCCUCCAAUAAUGCUUGCUUUUCUUUUUGGAGCAGUCAUGGACUGAUUCCCCUUUAUUUGCUCCUUACACCUUCAACACUUGUUUCCUUUGGAUGGAUUUUGUAAAAACAAAUGGCCUAUUAUACAAUUAUGCAUUGGCGCACAGUACAGUUUAUUUUUUGGAUUAUGUGUUUGUGUGCAUUAGGUUUUAAAGCAAUGAAAAUCAACAAAUAUGUUUUAAUUUGGUUUUAGACCGCCUACUUAUUUAACAGACUAAUGAUUUUAUUUUUAUUCUUAUUGUCAGCUGAGCUAGUUUGAGCAUCAAACUGUGUAACCCUCUGAGCUGCCUUCCUAACUAUGAAUAAGCCAUAUAGCCAUCCUGAAGCAAUUAACCCUUCUGUAACUCCAGACGCAGUAGCUCAUUCUCUGUCAUCUCUCUGACUCAGUUUGAUUUUUUUUUUUAGCAUAUUUAUUUACUAAACUCAAGCUCAAAUGAAUGUUUAGUUAUUUAUUUAAUUUCAUGUGACACCUCAUUUUUGUCUUGUGUAGCGGAAAUUCUCAACAAAAUGUUCAUUUUUACUGUCUAAGAUGUGCUUUUAAUAAUAUGUUGGGUGUAUAGUUUUCAGUGCAUGAAGAGAGGUGUGCACUUCAGUUCUGUUUCUCAAUCGGUUUCAAAUGUUCUCUUUUAAACCAGUUUGCCAUUUAUUAAUUUUUAAAACUUCAACAGGUUUCAGAAAGCAUUUAACCUGUUCUGCUAUACCAAACAUACAUCUACUGAGUACUGAUUUCUAUUUUUGUAGCUGCCCACCAACACAUUUUUACUCUUUUAAUAGUGACUGACCGUGCCCUCCGACUUGAGAAACUGGAGUUUCUUCCUGUAUAUUUGUAAAUGUUACAUCUAAAGUUUUACACACAGUUUUUGUAUAGAGUUGAGAAUCUAUCAAUACAACAAAAAGAAGAAACACAUUUUCUCUAUAAAAAAGUUUGAAUAAAUAAUGAUUUUACAGUAAACUGUU